CAAAUUAAUAGUCCCAAACCAAACAUUCGAAGAUCAGAAAGAAAAAAUACUAAGAGAUCGCCUUCCAAGAAGCCUGUCGAAAAAAAUUGGUCGAGAAACAAGUUCCACUAUAGGCGCCUUGUUCAGGACUUUUUCUACGACUAUGGGAACUUUCGUUCAAAUACAUUAAGUGAUUUUCAGCAAAUUCCCAAAUCUACGUUGAAAACUAAUUUGAACAGAUUCCAUUGGGGUCGUCGACUACCCAGUGCUCUAAUCAUCGGCGUGAAGAAAGGCGGAACGCGGGCUCUCCUGGAGUUCCUACGGCUUCAUCCUGGCGUCCGCGGUCCGGGACCAGAACCACACUUUUUUGAUAAGUACUAUCACAUGGGGACCGAUUGGUAUAGGAAGCAAAUGCCGCCAAGCACACAAGGGCAAAUUACUAUUGAGAAGACUCCCAGCUACUACGUGACACCUGAAGUGCCUGCACGUGUCUACAAUAUGUCACAUCGUAUGAAACUGAUCGUUGCGGUUCGUGACCCAGUGACUAGAGCUAUUUCCGAUUACACUCAAGGCAUUAGUAAGCAACGAGGUUCCAAGAGGUUUGAAGAAAUGGCAUUUUUGAACGUGACUACAGGGCUCGUAGACACUUCAUGGAGGGCCAUCAGAAUCGGUCUGUAUGCCAAACAUUUGAAAAGAUGGCGUCGGUUUUUCCCACUUACUCAAUUUCAUUUCGUGAGCUGUGAAAACCUAAUCUUAGAUCCAGUAGGAGAAAUGGCUAAAGUUCAAGAUUUUCUAGGCUUACAGAAAGUUGUAGAUCAGAAGUAUUUUUACUUUAACGAAACAAAAGGAUUUCCCUGUAUACGAAAAAGCCGAUCAAAGUCUCAUUGUUUGGACAAAACAAAAGGGCGAACUCACCCUAAAAUUAAUACAACGUCCUUGCAGAGGCUACGAGAUUUUUAUCGACCCUUUAACUUGAAAUUUUAUCAACUUGUUGGAAAAGACUUUGGUUGGUAUUAAAUUGGAAGCUUUUUGUUGUUGUUGGCUUAACUGCCACUUCUGUGAUAAGGUUGAAUGUUUUGUACUGUAAACAUGUUACGAAAAGAGGUAUUUUUAACUUGUUGCACUGUAAACCUGUAUUUAUUAUACUAAAUUCUAGAGGUUUUGUCCUGUUGAAAUAUCUUGAAAUAUUUAGGUAAUGUAGACGAAUGAUAACUUGUUCCUCCAUGUUACAAAUAAGCCAAAGAGCAUAUCAGUUAUAUUCUAAGUUUAAAUACUGACACUUAGAAAUAUUCAGAUGUCACUUUACCCAAAUUUGCGUUGAUAUACCUUGUACUAGGAAAAUUACUUGUUGACAUGAUGAUCAAGAGAUGAUCAUCAUGUAAAACUAGAGAUGAUCAAGUGUUUUGGUGAUAGCUAAUGUUAAAUGUUUUUCGUACAAACAAAGUUUUAUUUAUAUUAUUUGAAAACGUACAAACUUCAACAUACAGAUCCUUUUAAAAUAUUUGCUUAUUUUUUUUCAAAACGUAAACACAUGAAUGGGAUUAAGCUUGUAAAAAAUACAAGACCAAUUAACUAUAUUAUGUUUCUGUCAGUGAAUAUUCAAGAAUUUCUUCAACAUAAACUGAAGCAGCUUGACUGUAUUGCCUUAUUUAGGUACCGUAAUAUGUAUUAUAAUUUAAUAAGUAAAUGUUUAAAGAACAUUCUUUAAAAAAAUAUUCAUAUUCAAUUUCGUAUAGUAGUGCUUUGCUCAAUACUGCAGUGUGUAUGUUAAGUUUCGAAUUAAUUGUGAAAAGUAGUCAAACGUUAUCUCAAACUAAGUUAAGGUUUCUAACGAGUUUUCGACAUGAUAAGAUAUAUUAUUUUAAAAUAUAAUAAAACAAGAAGAAAAAUUAUUAAUAGCGUCAGACUCUAAAAUACCGAAUUGGCAAAAACAAAUGUUGGGUACGAUAAAUUUUGUAUA